AUGCCUAGGAUCGAAAACCUACCAACAGAGCUGAUCCUCCUAAUCGCCUCAUACCUGCCAUCUGAAUCGUCUCUCGCUGCCUUGGCCUUGUCAAGCCAUCCCUUCUACGGAAUCUGCAACCCUUGCCUUUACCGAUACAAUGUGCUCCACGGCAACAGCUCUGCUUUAGACUGGGCGGCGGAAAAUGGUAAGAUAGAUACACUACAAAAGGCACUAGACGCUCGCGCCCCCCUCCUGAAGGAGCAGGCGAAGGGUAAAUUGAGACGGCAAGGUCCACGAUGCCCCCAAUUCGGCCUUCAAGCUUGGCGCACGUUUCGAGAAUUCCAGCCGCACCCAAUCUCGCUAGCCGCAAGUGCCGGUCAUAGCAAUAUCGUCCGAUGCAUGGUUGACCGCGGGGUGAGUGCCAACGUAAGUAACCCGGAGGGACACACACUGCUAGCCCUGGCUGCUAUCAACGGUGAUACUUCCCUAGCAAAGUAUUUGCUGGACAUCGGAGCCUGUCAAGAUAUCAGAAGCUUCGUGGGCCACCGACCUGUGUGGAUAGCGGCGUUCAAAGGUUAUGUGGAUGUGGUCGAUGUGCUUCUCUCGGCCCCGAAGCAAAACGGGAACGAGCCCGACAAAGAAGACUUGAUGACAGACGCCUUAUUCGCAGCUGUUUUUGCCAACCAGGUCCCAGUUGUCCGGUUAUUACUCACACAUGGAGUGCAAGUCGACGUCCUCGCUCGUUUUGAUGAUACCCCUCCUUUGAUUCCUGCGAACGAUGGAGGCAACGAUUUUGUGCCGCUACAAAUUGUUGCAUCCGGUGAAGAACCCGACUUAUUUUUGGAUCAGAUUCGGCCACAGCCAUAUGCGCCUUUGAUGCUGGCAGCGAAGCAGGGCCAUGAAGAACUUGUCCGGCUGUUGGUCCCCGGAACUGCAAGUCUCAACCGCACCAAAGCGUUGGCCUAUGCAGUUUCACGUCGCGAUCGAGGAGUUCUCGAGGUAUUACUUCAAGGUGGCGCAUCCCCUCAGUUCUGUCUAUCCGAUAUACCGGACUCCUCGGAGUACCGCGAGGAAUGGGUGCAGCCUCUUUUCACAGCCGUGGAGCGUGAUGAUCGAAAGUCUGUGGGAUUGCUUCUGGAUUAUGGAGCGGAUGCAAAUGUACGGUCUCCCCAGAAAUAUAUCAAUAGAACUGACAGACUUUUUGAGCACCCCCUGCUCUGGGCUGUGGAUGAAGUUAAGGAAUCGAUGGUCAAUUUGCUACUAGAACGUGGCGCAGACCCGGAUAUUACUGAUAUGUUAGGACAGCCUGCGCUGACUCAUGCCAUUUUCAGCCAAAAUGAUGCCAUAGUUCGCUCCCUGCUAGAUCACGGGGCGAAUCCUUACGAGGCGAAGGAUGAUUGUGGGAGGAAACUCAUGGGGUUUUGGCCAAUGAGCGAAUCUACCUGGAGGCUACUCCAAGAGGCAGAAAUAAAAUGGACUAAGGAGCAUUCAUAA